AUGUCAUCUUUACACAGAAUCUUGGGGUCUCUCUCUCCCCAUGUCUUUCAACAGUACGUGAAAGCCAAGUGCCCCAGGGCCAGUCUGCCCCCUCUCUAUGCUCUAGAGCUGCUGACCGUCUAUGCCUGGGAAAUGGGUACUCAGGAGGAAGAGAAUUUCAGGUUGGAUGAAGGCCUUACCACCGUGAUGCAACUGCUCCAGGAGUAUGAAUUCAUCUGCAUCUACUGGACCAAGUACUACACACUCCAGAACCCAAUCAUCGAGGACUUUGUCAGAAAACAACUAAAAAGAGAGAGGCCCAUCAUCCUGGAUCCGGCUGACCCCACCCACAAUGUGGCAAAAGGGUACAGAUGGGACAUAGUCGCUCAGAGAGCCUGCCAGUGCCUGAAACAGGACUGUUGUUAUGACAACAGGGAGAACCCGGUCCCCAGCUGGAACGUGAAGAGGGCACGAGACAUCCAGGUGACAGUGGAGCAGUGGGGUUACCCAGAUUUAAUUCUCUGGGUGAACCCUUAUGCACCCAUAAAGAAGGUGAAAGAGAAAAUCCAGCGGAGUCGGGCCUACUCGGGCCUGCAGCGACUGUCCUUCCAGGAGCCUGGUGGUGAGCGGCAGCUCCUCCGCAGUCACUGCUCCUUGGCCUAUUAUGGGGUCUUCUCCAACACCCGCAUCUGUAUGCUGGAGACCAUCCCCCCCGAGAUCCAGGUCUUCGUGAAGAAUCCCGAUGGCGGGAGCCAUCCGUACGUCAUCCACCCCAACAGCUUCGUCCUGGGCCUGAAGCAGCAGAUUGAAGACAAGCUGGGGCUGCUCAGGAAGCAGCAGCAGCUGGAGUUCCAAGGCCAAGUCCUGGAGGACUGGUUGGAUUUGGGGCGCUAUGGCAUCCAAGACAGUGACACCCUCAUCCUCUCCGAGAAGAAAGAAGGAGAGGCUUCACUUCCAGACAGCUAGUUUCCUCUGGGAAUCUUCUCUGUGCAUUUCUGCCACCGAAUCCAGAACCACUCCUCCAGUUCUCUGCGGGGAGGUCCCGUCUCUUCACCAGCUUUAUAAAAAGAGGUGAAGGAAGCUAAAUAAACAAACGGACAGUGGCCAGACCAUAUGUGACAAUAGCUUGUUUUUGGUUUUGGUUUUUUUGGCAGCUGGCAGGUACAGGGAUCUCAACCCUUGACUUUAGUGUUAUAACACCGUGCUCUAACCAACUGAGCUAACCAGCCAGCCCACUGACAAUGGAAUUCUGACCCAUAACCUUCUGUAGCAACCAUCUAGGGAGGCCAAAUCACACCUCUGCAUCAAGCAACCCCAAACCAUCAGAACUCGGUCAAUAAUCACCAGCUUUUCUAAUUCCCUACC